AUGAAUCGAGCCUUAUCCAUCCGAUCCCGCAAGAAGGAUGACCACGCCAAAGAAGCCUCCAAGCACACCUUCUCCAUCUCCACCUUGCGCGGUAUCCAGCAAGCUGAGCUCUCCAAGAAGCUCUACAAGCUGAUCAAGACCGAGAAUCAUGCCAUUGGAGCCUACGAGACCGCGGGGCGCGAGCGCCUUUCCAUCGCAUCUCAGCUGUCAGACUGGGGCGAAUCCACGAACGACGAUUCGAUCUCGGACAUCUCGGACAAGAUUGGCGUCAUCCUCUCCGAGAUUGGCGAACAGGAGGAUCUUUUCGCGCAGAAUCUGGAGGACUACAGAGCCAUCCUGAAGCAGAUCAGAAACAUAGAAUCCAGCGUGCAACCGAGCAGGGACCAGAAGACCAAGAUCAGCGAUGAGAUUCAAAGGCUCAAGUACAAGGAGCCGUCCAGCCCGAAGCUGGUCACAUUGGAACAGGAACUCGUGCGAGCUGAGGCGCAAAACCUGGUCGCAGAAGCUCAACUCACCAAUAUCACACGCCAGAAGAUCAAGGAAGCGUACGAUAUUCACUUUGCUGCGACCAUCGAGCGAGCAGAGAAACAAAUCAUUCUCGCCAAGUAUGGCCGCCGUCUGCUGAACUUGCUCGACGACACUCCUGUCGUGCCGGGAGACGUGCGCCAGCCCUUCGCCCAGGUCAAUGAGGCGAGGCAGAUUCUUGCCGACGCGGAACAGGAGCUGCAAAGAUGGGAGCCACAUCUCGAGCCCAUCCACUCAAACGCGGGCGGGCUCGGCUCGAACUUGAUGCCCACGGAGGAUCGCAGCACGCGAGCGACUUCAGAGGCCCCUGAACUAGUACCCUCUCCGAUCGAACCGACCCCCAAGCCGGCAGCUGAGGCACAAGGAACUCAUCUGGAGCAGGCGACCGCUUAG